AUGCUUGUGUCAUACGACGUCGUAACUGCUUUCGGCGUGUCAGCGCUGCUGUCGUUCGUCGUGUUCAGCGGGAUCCUGCUAGCGCUGGCGGCGGCGGGCGGCUUGCUUCGGGCGCGGAAGGUGGGGAAAGCGGCGCUCACGAAGCAGAUCGUCACGGAGAAGCUACUCCAGAACGGAACCAUGGCGGUACCCUCGGCUCCUGAGCCGACCCCGGUAACCGCACGCCGCCUCUUAGGACCGCAGGAC